GGAACGCACACAACAAACAGUUGAGUCGUGCCAUCAUCAUGCUGCGCUUGGAUCGUGUGUCGGGCGCGUUGGCGUUCACGGCCGCCGGCCUCGGCUUCACCCUUGGCGCUUACAAAUCCCCAGCUCGUUCUGAAGACGAGACGAAUCUUCGGGACAUUGAGUUCGGUGUUCCCCGCGACCGCAAGCGUGUCGACCCGUUCUCGCCUUUUUUUCCGUCGGACAAGCACCCGUGCACGCAUGCUGGCAUGUUCAUCCCAGGGUGCCAUGAACUCAAGAUCUUCAGCGGAUCGUCCAACUUUGAGCUUGCGGACGACAUCGCGCGUCGUCUUGGCACGCGUGUGGCCCGGCUCAAGCUGGGCCGCUUUGCCGAUGGCGAAGUGCAGUGCCAAAUCCAAGAAAGCGUCCGCGGCAAAGACGUGUACAUCGUGCAAUCCCUAGGCACGCCCGUAAACGACAACGUGAUCGAACUGUUGCUCAUGGUCAGCACCAUGCGCCGUGCGUCGGCGAAGAAAGUAACGACUGUGAUCCCGUAUUAUGCGUACAAGCACCACCGCCGCGGCAACCCGAGCGCGACCAGCUUGAACUCCAAGUUCAUCCACAGCCCUGCGCAAGACAUUGCCAAGAUGUUGGAGGUGAUGGGCGUCGACCGUGUCAUCGCUGUCGACUUGCAGCUUCGCGGCCAAGGCCAUGAAGCCAGCUUCUUCAAUACCAACAUCCCCGUCGAGACGCUGGAAACCGUGAUGGCCGGCGUCGAAUACUUUGCUACCCAGGUGUAUUUCAAGGGGCCAAUUGUGGUGCUGGCUCCCAAUCCCGAGUGCGUCAAGCGCGCGCGUGUGUUCCAGCGAGGCUUGCGCAAGUGGCUGCCCGACAUCCCGAUCACGUUUGCAACGUGCAUUCGCGGUGGCGCAAGCGGCGACGAGCCCGAUGACAUUCAGCUGAUUGGGGACGUCCAAGGCGCCGAAGUGAUUGUGGUUGACGACAUGGUCGACACGUCCGGGACGCUGGUCAAGUUGGCGAAAGUGGUCAAGGAUGCCGGUGCUCGGCGGUCGUUUGGCUUUGCAUCGCAUCCGCUCAUGACGGGUGACGCGGAAAAGUCGAUCGAUGAAAGCGCAGUGCACGAAGUCGUUGUGAUGGACACGAUUCCGUCCGAGGCGGGGCGGUACCAUUCGUCCAAAGUGAAGCGCCUCAGUGUCGCGCCGAUGCUGGCGGAACUCAUCCAGGCGGAACAUUUCAAGCCCCACUCGUACAUUGACAAGUCCAACACGCGAGAAGACUUUAAGCACUCGUACAUUUCGACGUAACUUCCUCGACGAAUAUGGCUUUUCACGGCCGCAUCGGGCGGCGGGGUGGGCUCCA